AUGAUCACUAGCUCGCUGGAAACAAGGAGGGCGUUUGUUGAAGAUCUAGCUACCGAAAGCGGCCUUCAGAACAUUCGCCUGAUUGUCGAGACUGAUUUCGCCACCUCCUAUAGUGUUUUGAAGCCCACGUUCGACCCCCAUUGCCUCCUGUUUCUUCGAAUGAUCUCUCAUCAGGAGAUUUUGUCAUCACUGGUGCUCGAGAAGGCAGUGGGAACCAUAUACAAUGUCAUAUAUGGGCCUGGUGGCAGGAGGGGAAUGGACUUUCUUACGAAUGUGACAAGAUAUCUGGUUGAAACUAACGGUGGUUCUGUCAGCGAGGAAAACACCAAAGUGAAGGGUGAUGCGGCCACCAAUGGCUCUACCAAAGCUUCCGCGCCUUGGGCCGAAGCGCUGCUCCUCACUACUAAGGUACUGCUGAGCACAUUAAAUUUGAACCAGGAGGCUGCCGCCCAUCCAGAUCUAAAACACAUUAUUGAAAGCCUCUGCAGCUGCUGUCAGAAGGAAAGCGCCACCGCGGACGCCAACAUUGACCUGGCUCGGGCGAACAUUAUCAACAUUGGCGAUUCUCUUUCGAUCGGAGAUUCACUUUAUAUCUCGAAGGUCACAGAGAAAGUCAAAAAGACUAACCCCAAGAAAAUCGAAGAGAUGCCUGUGGAUUUCCCCGGUGAAUUGUCAGAACGUGGCCCUCGUCACGAUAACGAUCACGCUGCUAUACCACGUAUUCGUAUCUUACCAACAAUCUCUGAAAUCCUCAGUGAUGCUCGAGCUGAGUUCCUUCCUUCGCAGGGCUCCCUUGACCCUUCUUCACACCAUGAAAGAGGCGUUUGCAGGUUGAUAGACACCCACUUCCGCCUCCUAAGGGAGGACACGUCCGGUGUGGUCCGUGAUGCUUUGCGCUUGAUAAUUCACAACUGGGACUUUCUGGCACACAGCUCAGAUUGGAAACUCAAACAUAAAUUUCUUCGUCAAUACAGUCCAACGCCACUACGAAUCUUCUCGGGCGUCCAGAUGCGACAGAUUAAUGCGGAUCAAAAGAAAGGUAUCGAGAUAGACCUCGAGUUCGAUCAACUCCAUCGGCUGAAGAAUAUGUCUGCACUCAGGCGUAAGCAAUGGUGGCUUGAUACUCGAACAUUGAGGGGCGGUCCCUUGCUGGCUCUGCUAGACGCAGAAGACCUUGACAAUGCAUAUGCAAUGUUCUUUCUGGUUUCAAAAAGAGAGGUCAACCACAUUGAGAAGAAGCGGAAUGCGUCACCUACUCCAAUCAGUGACGUAGUCAGCGACGCCGAGCGAGCCAUGAUCACGCUCCGGUUAGCAGAUUCAGCAUACGAAUCGGACGCGAAUAGACUCCUCUCCAUGAUGCGGGAGAAACCGGCGAGACCACUCAUACUUAUAGAGUUCCCAGCAGUGCCAUACAACUCUUUUGAAGGGAUCCUACGCUGCCUCCAAUCCUUGCAUAAAAGUCCAUGGCGCGUUCCUUUUGCUACGUGGUUGGCUCCGAGUGGAGUUAGCGAUGAGCUCAUCGAGGCUUUAACGACGAGUUGCACGAAGAACAUUAAUGUGCCACCCCCGGUAUAUCUACAAGGUCGCGUUGUUAAUCUCUCUUCGCUCCCCCGACGAAACCUCGACAACGGGGACCCUGCAAUCCCGAUACUCAUGUCACCUUUUGAAGAUAAUCACUCGAUCACCGCCAGACUAUCACAAGAGACCAUUCUAGACGAAGGUCAAGCAGCUGCAAUGGUGUCGGCCCUACGGUGCAAGCUUGCACUGAUCCAAGGUCCUCCGGGAACCGGAAAGUCGUAUGUGGGUCUACAAAUUGCAAGGUGCUUAUUGGACAACCAGGAGUCCUUGCAACUUGGUCCAAUUCUCUGCGUCUGCUACACUGCUCAUGCACUGGAUCAGUUCCUUGACGGCCUUGUUAAAUCAGGAAUCUCAAAUAUCGUAAGGAUUGGCCCUCCGAGUGCAUCUUCGCAUAUAGAGGCGCUCUCGCUCGACGCAAGGAAGAGGGAGCCAGGGCCGCGGGUGGGGGGGGUAAACAGGAUUAAAGAUGAGUCGCGAGGCGCUCUGCUAACAUUAACGUCCAAGAUUAAGUGCCUCCUCGAGACGGCGGGAAGAGACAUCAACAGCCUCAUCAUGGGCUUUUUGAGGAAGAAAUUCCCCUCCCAGGCGAGCAUGAUCAAUCUGGGUCCAUGCGAGAAAGACGGUGAAGCCAUGCAGGAAUGGGCAUCUGGCGAUGUACCUAGGUGGAAUGAAGAUGGUACUGCUGAGCGCUCCAUUGAGGAGCUUCUCAAGUCCGACAUGGACCUCUGGACGCUUCAUAACGCAGAGCGCGCCCGUAUUUUACAAUACUGGCAAGAUACAGCUUGGACUGAGCUUUCAGUGGGUCUGUCUCGUCUUCUGAAGUUCCACCAUGAGGAAAAGAGAAAGCACACAUCGGCUUUUGGCUUGCUGGACUUGCAACGACUCAAUAGCUCCCAGGUGGUAGGGAUAACAACCACCCAGCUGGCUAAUAACGCGGACUUGCUUCGCAAUAUUAACUCGAAGGUGCUCAUAUGUGAAGAAGCAGGCGAGGUUUUAGAAUCACAUGUUAUCACUGCCCUCCUGCCUUCCGUCCAGCACGCCAUAUUAAUCGGGGACCAUCUGCAACUACGUCCGCGGAUUUCUAACAUUCGGUUGUCAAAGGCAUGCGACGAAACGAACUUCAACCUUGAUGAGUCACUCUUCGAGAGGCUUGCCACAUAUCGCUUUGGAGACCUGAACGCUGAGGAACAAGGCUUUGGCUUCCCUGUAGCACAGCUGAGUCAUCAGCGGCGAAUGCAUUCCGUUGUCUCCGAUCUCGUCCGCGAUACCUUUUACCCCAAUCUCAAAGAUCAUCCAGUUACGGCUGCAUAUCCCCCCAUAUCUGGACUCAAGCGCAGGUUGUUCUGGCUCGAUCAUCGAAACAUCGAAGAUCCCACCGAUCCGGCAGACCCAAUGCAAAGUAAGACCAAUGCGUGGGAGGCUGGGAUGGUAGUCGCGCUGGUGAGACAUCUCACUCGACAGGGAAAGUAUGGGCCCGGAGAGAUUGCUGUCUUGACACCGUACGUCGGGCAGCUGAGGAUGCUGGAAGAUAUCCUUGGCAGAGAAAUGGCACUUAUCAUCAGUGAAACAGAUAAAGAUGACCUCGAUGAGGAGGAUGUCGAAGCACCUGUAAGCAUUCCUACUGGGCCGAGCAGAAGUAGAAAUCUGCAAGGCAAUGUGCAUAAGGGGAGUUUACUGGACGUUAUCAGGCUCUCCACGGUGGAUAACUUUCAGGGCGAGGAGGCAACAGUCGUCGUUGUAUCUCUCGUGCGAAGUAACCGCUACCGCAAUUGUGGGUUCCUCGACCUGCCCAACAGGAUUAACGUGCUCCUCAGCCGUGCUAAACAUGGCAUGUACAUAAUCGGCGAUGCCAAUACCGCAUCCACGGCGCCGAUGUGGUCAUCUGUUAUCGGUAUAUUGGAGCGGGAUGCAAACAUUGGACCGAAGCUGGAACUACAUUGCAGUCGUCACCCAGGGAUACAGUCCUACAUAUCCCAACCGGACGACUUUGCUGUCUAUGCACCGGAAGGAGGCUGUGCAGAUAAAUGUGAGCUGAGACUGGCGUGCGGACACCGGUGUCCGGUGAAAUGCCAUUCGGAGAAACUGCACAAAGCGGUCAAGUGCAUGGAGCCAUGUACGAGGGUGAAGGGGUGUGGCCAUGCAUGUCCAAAGAAAUGUCAUGAGCGAUGUGGCGAUUGCCAAGAGACGGUGCUUAAUGUUCUGCUCCCCUGUGGGCACAGAGCUCAGAGGGUGGAGUGUCGAAUGAUGGGCAACCUUAAAAAUAUCCGGUGUGUGGAACAACUCGUCCGCACCAUAUCUGGGUGCAGUCAUCGGCUCAAGGUACGCUGCUUCGAGAAUGCAAGCUCCAUGAAAUGUUUCCACUUGUGUGGCAAUGUUCUACCAUGUGGGCACAACUGUCGAAAGCCCUGUUGGCAGUGCAGAUCUACUAUGGCAGGGAAGUCUACCAUCGAUCAUGGUGUCUGUCACAAUCCCUGCGGUCGACCAUUUACAACUUGUGCCCACGUCUGCAACCAGCCAUGCCAUCAGGGCACGGCAUGCGCCCCGUGCGAUCGAACCUGCGAGGUGCGAUGCAAACACAGUCGUUGUGCAAAGAACUGUAGCGAGCCAUGUGCUCCAUGCGCAGAGCCGUGUGGAUGGGGCUGUGAUCACCGCAAGAAAUGCGCAUUGCCGUGUGCCGUCCCCUGCAGUAAAGUCCCAUGCAACCUUCGAUGCAAGAAGAAGCUGUGGCGCUGUGGUCACCGAUGCCCGGGGAUGUGCGGCGAGCCGUGUCCGGACUCUGCGUACUGUCGACUUUGCUGCAACCAGGGCGUUCUCACCCGGAACGUUGAUCUUUUGGAGUUCAAGGCCUACAAGGACAUCAACAUUGACCAAGACCCGUUAAUAUUCCUGUCGUGUGGCCAUUUUUACACCUCGACUUCUCUUGACGGCGUCAUGAGCAUGUCAGAAUACUAUGAUAUGGAUCAGUUGACGGGCAUAAUUAUCAGGCCGAAGGUUUCUUACCGAGCGAUGAGUUCUGGAGACGUUAAGGGAUGUCCAGAGUGCCGGAUGCCUCUCCGGAACAUCAACCGCUACAAUCGCAUCAUCAAGAAAGGCCUGCUGGACGAAGCCACAAAGCGAUUCGUUUCGCAUACAAACUCCAUCUACGCAGGUCUGAUGGAGGCUAUUCGGAAGCGAGAGACAGAUAUCGAGAAAGAGCGCGUCCAGUUCAUGUCCAACUGGCCACUGGAUGAUCUCGGGUCGAAAGGCCCCGACCAGGUGCAACGCUCAAUUGAAGCCUAUCGGGCAAAGGGAAACAGGCUUCAGAGACAAAUUAAGGAAUUCACCAAGUCGGUUGGACGAGAGGAGCAGCCCUUCGGGCGAGUAAACAACAUGCUCGCGGCGGCGGCGGCACGAGACCAAUCGAUCGUAACGACCUCAUUCCCAUUUGACGAAUCCAUCAUCCAGACGGGGUUCGAGUCUCGCGGAGAGAUCCUGGGUCUACGACUCACCUGGGCCCUAUUCUGGGAUCUGGAUGCGAUCUACACCCGGAAGGACACCGACCCGCGAAUCAGAGCGACAUUAGUGCAGGUGGUGGCCAGCCAACUUGAGCGCAUUCUGAAGAGAUGCCACGAGUUAGCCGAGGCCAGUCAAACCGCGAGAUUCCCACAGCAGGAAGUCGAGUCCCGAAUCUACCAUGUUCUCUUCACGAUGCUCUCACUGAGCAACAGCGACGCACAGGGAAAAGUCGUCGACAUUCCCACGCAGACCGCCAUCCGCGACAAGGCACGCGAGGAACUCAAGGCCUGCGAGGAAAUAUGUCUCCGCCAUCGCCGCAUCCUCUCAUCCCUGCACGAGGACAUCGAGAAGGCAAAGACCCUCGUCAACGGGGGCAUGUUCUACAGCUUCGUGAGCACCGAUGAAAAGCGCCAGGUCUACCGCGCUAUGGAGCAGCAAUUUGCCGGCACGGGCCAUUGGUACUACUGCGAGAAUAACCAUCCAUUCACGGUUGGCGAGUGCGGCAUGCCGAUGGAGCAAGCAAGAUGCCCGCAAUGUGAGGCGCCAGUCGGAGGACUCAAUCACGAACUCGCGCCCGGCAUGCGUAGAGCAGAUGAUAUUGAUGUGGAGUUUGGGGGUACGAGCAGGAACUGA